AUGGCGCCAAAGAAGACCCGCACCGCUGCAACCGCUGAAACCGCCACCAAGGCGAGGCCUGUCAGGGCAGCUGCGGCUGCGUCCAAAGAAGCUGCCGCUUCUGCCGCUUCCACGGCGCCUGUUAGCAACAAGACGCAUGGCAAGAAGCGGGCGGCUGUCGACGAAGUCGAAACCAUCCCCGCACCUACCAAAAAGACGGCUGGCGUACCAAAGAAGAAGACCAAGAAGGGUGCAGAGCCUGCUGCAGAGGAGGAGGAGGAAGACGCAGGUGAUAUCAAUGAACGCGAAAUCAUCGCUUCCCUCUCCGACGUUUCUGCCGAUUCAUCCGACGACGACCAAGACGAUGUAGAAGCCGAAGAAGCCAACUCGUCCGACGAAGACGACGAAGAUGACCGACUCGCUCGCGCUCAACCGCGCUCCUCGCUUGCAUCGGUAAAGCUGCCCAACUCGAAAGAUGAUGCGGUGGUGCGUGCUCGCUUGGACAAGCUCCGCAAAAACAAAUCUUCCGCCUCCAACACCAAACCCGGUGUACUGUAUAUCGGUCGUCUACCAAAAGGAUUCUUCGAAAAACAACUCAAAUCUUACUUCACCCAGUUCGGCCAAGUCACCCGCCUCCGCGUCUCGCGCAACAAGAAGACAGGCGCCAGUAAACACUACGCUUUUAUCGAGUUCGCCGACCGCGACGUGGCCAAGAUCGUCCAAGAGACCAUGCAUAACUACCUCAUCGACGGAAGGUUGCUGCAGGUCAAGGAGGUGAGCCAGGACAAGGUUCAUCCAGAGCUGUGGGUCGGAGCUAACCGGAAAUUCCAGAAGGUUCCUGGCGACAGGAUCGAGAGGGUGGUCAGGGGAAGGGAGAAGUCCGAGGAGGAACAGAAGAGGACCCACGAGAGGUUGUUGAAGAGGCAAGCCCAAAGGAGGGAGAAAUUGCAACAGCUCGGAAUUGAGUACGAGUUCGACGGGUAUACGCAUGACGGAGAGGCAGACAAGAAGCAGUCAAAGAAGGCGAUGUCUGCAAAAGCUAAGCCGACCGCAACAAAGUCGACAAAGGGCAAGACGGCCAAGGCUUGA